GCCAGCCUGUUGCACCGUCCGUGUGCAUGGCACUGCAGUUGCAUUAAGUUACCCGUUCUAGUCUCACCGGACACCGCCGCUGCUCGCGAGACGACGCGGACACGCCGCUCUCUUCCAUAAUCAUGAUAUUAUUAUUAAUAUAAUAUAAACGGAAAAAAAUUGUUCAUUACUAUUUUUAAUUUUUUUUCUUGCUCGAUCGGUUUAAAUCUCGCGCACACCGGCUUCGUACUCUACUGAUGAAUAUAAUAUAAUAUCAUAGUAUUAUGUGCAUAAUUGCACAAUACGUGUAAUAUAUAUAUGCAAGUAUAUCGCAUACGUGUAUAGUACGGCAUGCACGUGCUUACGCAGUAUUAUACAUGCAAUUUUUAAAUUUGAACCGUACCGACCGCAACUGUUACUAUUGCACCGCCGUUUGUCGAGGAGGGCGACGCGCGCGCGCGUACCGAUACUAUUACACUGUCACUGCAGGCGGCGAGGUCUACAUCACAAUAACAAUACUAAUAUAAUAUUUUAUUAUUAUUAUUAUUAUUAUAACUAUUAUUAUUGUUAUUAUUUUAUUCCGAUACGACGUCCGAGUGAUUGUUAUUAUCAUCAGUACUGUUGCCGUUGCGCUCGGUCUGCGUGUACGUGGCGGUCCCGGAAAGGAGCGAGCGAGUACGCCGCGUUGCUCGCGUACAGCCGGCGCCGGACGUACUGAGCGUCGUUCAAAGCGCGCGCGGUACGCCGGGCCGCUAGUGGGGACCCGCCACACGGGAAAUCACGUGGCUCGCUGCCGGCGGAACACGUUUGUGCACAAAUAUCGCGGCGGUGGUGCGUGCGUGAGUGCGUUCCGUGCGUACGCGCAACCGCGUUUUCGCCAUCGGUCCCAGCGACAACCGAACAGCGGCAGCGGUAGCGAAGGCGACGGCGGCAUAUGCGACCGUGAUGGUGACGGUGCUGCAGUUGUGUCGCACAUGAACGCGACGACUGCAUCCGGCCGGAAGCGCACUCGUGCCGCGAGCGACCGCGCGGACGCUGACGGAAACACGGACACCGACAGAAAGGACAUAAUAGGACCGCGCCCGCGUGUAUCAGCCCCUUACCCGGAAAUGCCGGCCAGCAGACAUCAUCAUCACCAUCAACACCAGCAGCAGCACGUGCAGGUGGUCACUUCCACUGCGGCCGCUGUGCCGCAGCAAUCCGUCAAGGAGAAGCAGCGGUUGUGCACCAACUGCAAAAACCACGGGCUGCGCAAGGUGUGGAAGAAGCACAAGCGGUACUGCAAGUACCGGGACUGCCCGUGCCCCAAGUGCAUGAAGACGGCGGCCACGCGCAAGAACUGCGCAGAGCAGACGGCCAAGCGACGGGCCCGGCAGGAGGACGAGCAGCGAGAACAGGAGCUCCAGCUGAACCCGGCCAACUUCCUGGACGAGCGGCCCAUACCGUACCAGUCGGACGCCACCACGCCCCAGUCGUCCUGCAACAGACAGAACAUGAGCGAGUCCUCGCAGGUCGGUCGGUCGUCCACCCCUAAGGGUACGAUGUCACCCCGGACGUCCGAUUACGAAGACCACGACAGCUCGUCCAUAGACAUCGGUGACGGCUGUGACGGCGUGGUCGGCGACGGUGGCGGUGAUGGCGGAAUGGUCGUGGACGACGGCGUAGACAAAAAAGACAUCGACGCAGAUUCCAGACCGGGGAUAAUGAGUGAUCAAAUCGAGCACGUCAAGACCAUACUGAAGGAGUUGGUCGGCCGCACCAAAGAUUUUCAAAACUUAAAUGCAUUCCGUCUGUUCAUUUUGCAACAUAACACGUACGACGUGGACAAAGCGACCAUGUUAAUUAAACGAGGUGUACGUAGUAAACUAUUGAAUCAAAUUAAAUUGGUAUACAGAACACUCACUUUGAGCGCGACUUGCUCUUCUUAAAGAUACACUAAUUGUUCACGAUAAAUUACUUGAGAGUCGCGCCGAUAUCAAACAUUUUUUUUUAUUAAUAUUUAUUGGUUAUCACAUAAUAUUAUAAUCAACAAUUAUUAUAGCUCAUGGAAUACACGUUUUUUCAAUUCUAUCUAAACAAAACGAUCGCGCGUGACGCGGCCGUUUUAAGAGUAACUUCGAUGACGAAAACGGGCCUUAACAAGUAUCUUUCAUUUAACGCUUAACUUAAAUUCCGGCCUCCACACGGCCAAACGUAAAUGUUCUCUGAUCAAACGGACGCGUGUGUGGCGAUCGAGUCGGCCCGGUGUCGAUCGGGCCUCGAUUCUCGUACCACACGCGCGGCACCUUCACGUUCAUUAAUGACACUGUUCCUCCGUCAUGAGUACCGUACUGCACUGUACGAUCGAAUUUUUAUUUUUGGUUUUGAUUCAAUGGAAGAUUAUUAUAGAAAAGGAUCGGUGUGUUGUGAAGGGUUUGGGUGUUAAUUGCGGAGCUUGACAGUGUGUGUUUCCUUGGACUCGGCCCGCGGUAAACACGCCGGACAAUGGCGCGAAAGGGAUGCUAUUUUUUCCCCUUUUUUUUUUUUUUUUUUUUAAUCACCGCCGUCACCGCGCAUACGACGUGCUACCGUCGUGCCGCUCUCAAUCCGUCGCAAUCGUUGUCGUAUUAUUAUUACUCGCCUUUAUUUUUUUAUUUAUUUUUUUUUUUUUUUCCGUUGUCGUUGCCGCUGACGCAUAAUAAACAGUGUGCGGCGUAUACCUACUGCACAGCUGCUGCACCGGUCAAUCCGGCCAGAGGCUGUGCAGACGGUCCGAUUGUCAAAUACACGCCCGACGCAAACGUGCACGGUGCCGGGGCUGUGCUGCGUAAUAACGCUCACGCCGCGUGCGACCGUAUAAUCUUGUGUUCGUGUGCGUGACGCGAGUGUGUGUGCGUCUCUGUGUUAAUAAAUAAUAAUAUGCGCGUUCCGAUUAAGUAUGUGCCACUGGCAGCAGCCCAUAUCAGACUAAGACAUGCGUAUUAUACCGUUGUACUGUAUAGACGAUGACGAUGAUGUUUCAUUUUCUCGGUCCCUGCAGGUAUACAACGAUAAUAGUAUAUUAAACUACGAUGCUCGAUAUAUUGUGUUCGUUCGAGUGUCAUUGAGAAUAUCAUCGGCAUUAUAAUUAUUAUUAUUAUUAUUUUUUUUUUUUUUUAACUUAAAACGUUUACUAGGGAUUUUUUU